AAUGGGGAGAGGGUACUGAUAGAUGACUGUUGAAAGGAUAUGAUAACAGGGAACUCUCUACCUAAAACUUAGGUGGGGCCGAUAUUGAAAGUACAGAGAUUUUAUGAUUCAUGCUCUACACAUUUAUUCAGAUUUUUGCAAAACAAAGCCAAACUUUACCUCUACACUCUACAAAAGUAAUAUUUUACAGAUACAGAAGUCUGCGCAUAACUGCUCAGAACUAAAAUUUUCAUUGUCAUAUGUCUAUGACAUUGCGGUGUUGCUGUUGAAAGACACUUCUGAUCAGGAGUAGCACACAUUUGGCUUCAUGCAAAUCUCACUGGUUUGUCCUUAAUAUCUCCACACCCCUCUGACAAACCUCCUAAAACCUGCUUCAUACCUAACUCUACCACUCCUGGGCUACUUCAAAUUUUUACAUAAACAAAAUAGCCACAGACAGUCCUGACUGGCUUCUAGUCCAUGUGGCUUCUCUCUAGCAGUUAAGUAGGAAGGCAAACUAGCAAUGUAUUGUGGCUCGGGGCUUGCCUAAUAUCAGGUACAUUGGUGCUGCCUAAGGGCUUUACUGCUUGGGCACAGACUCCACCCCACAGAGAGUCACCACCUUACAGAGAAAGUAAGAGACUCAGACUCAUCAGAAACCAGAAAGACAAAACACCUAAACGAGCAGACACCUACGUUCAGGGGCAAACACUCUGGGAAAACUGCUGGGGACAUUCUACUUUUCAGGAGGUCUGCUGUGGACAUCAAUCCAACGACGAUACAUCCAACAUCCAGAACGUCGAGUCUGACAAAAGACAGGGCUGACAAACCACGCAGCAAUGGAUUCAGACAAGAGCAGCAGUAUGGACACUCUCCAGGGGAGAAAACCAAAGAAACCCCAUUACAUUCCUCGUCCUCCUGGCAAGCCUUUCAAAUAUCAGUGCUUCCAAUGUCCCUUCACCUGCAACAUCAAGUCUCAUCUCUUCAACCACAUGAAAUACAACCUGUGCAAGAACUCAAUUUCUCUGGUAUCUCAGCGCAUGGAGCAGACAGGGAAAACACCCAAAGUCUCUCAGCGUAGCAUUUCUUUAAAUCACAACAUUAAAGAACCUGUCCUGGAGGUUGAAGCCAGCAAACCAAUAGAUAUGGCCAAUGACAAGGUUGAACAAGUGGAGAUGGGUAAAGAAAGUAAUGAAAAGCCUGAAAGUCCAAUCGAGGAGGUCACUAAGGUUGUUCUUGAGCCAGUUUCUGAGACCAGGGACAAAAGUGCAGACAUGGACAUUCCACAGAACAAAAUAACUUCUGCCUUCACGCCGGUUCCACAAAUGUGUGAAGGCAAAGCUCUACCGCUGCCUCUACACAAAGAUGACCCAUCAUCUUCAUCCAUUCCUCAGUUCUACCAACAAAUGACGCCAUGGGUCCCACCUGCUUCCACAACACCCCUUCUUCCUCUAAUCCCGGACUAUUCACCAUACAUGGUAACUGAGAGGUCCUUGCAUUCCAUCUACACACCAUACCCACAGAACCAAGUAAACGCCCAAGCCUACCAACUCACACCUCGAGAAACCCAGACACCCCUGGUGCCAUCACCUCUGGUCCCAACCAGUACAUCCCUUCUCCACCCUUAUCACUAUAGAUAUGGCCAUUCUAUUAUACCUGGUCCACUACCCUACAGCCUCUACCAACACCCUGAACUUCACAUGCCUUUACAGAGGUCCAGGUAUUUUCCUCUAGAUGUGUACAGCCACAGAUUUUAUCCCAGAGAUUAUGGAGGGCACCAGGUCUCCCUAUCACAUUCUGAUCCUUACAGCAGACUUCCUGAGGACAGGGGUGUCCAGGAGCACAACAGAGAAAAGGGUACCCGCCACAGUCCUUUAGCAGGGUGUGCCGCCUCUGGGUCUCCAGACAGGCCAAAUGCGGCAGAUAUCACCCAGCGUGUCCCCGUUACACUCAGGCACACUUCCCAUGGGGAGUCUCUUCCAUACAGCCAAUCACAGCAUGUCAUGCAAGGGCCAACCACAGCACCCAACAGUUUACCGAAGAAAUCAUACGGACAACCUCAAGAGAACACAUUACAAAAGAGAGAAUGGAAUGAACUUCAAAUCACAGUUUCCACACGAAGCAGUGACAUUUCAGAGCAGGAAGAGGCUGUAGAUUUGGAUGUAGAGUCAGAGGAAGAGCCAGGUCCUCUUAACCUUUCAAAGAGGUACCAGACUGCAUCCAGCUACAUAAUGCACAACUACCUUAACCGAGAGCUCCAUUCUGAUUCAGAAAGGAGUCAAGAGGAUAUGCCGCUUGACCUCUGCCUCAGGGCACAGUCCAAUGACCAAGCCCUGCCAAACACUAAAGGCUCUGAAACUCCAAAAAAAGAAACUAUCCAAAAUGCUGAGGAAUCCACAAUUACUCCAGCCAAAGAACAAGAUCUAGACCCAAGUGACCAGAGGCACUCAGCGGCCUUUGCUCUGUGUCAGCUUGCCAGCUCAAGGGACAUUAUCAGUGACUCCAUUAUUGGCCAACAAGGAAUGACUAAGGUCCAAAACAGCCAACACCCUCCUUCCCCAGACAAGCAUCCAGCCAAGGAUGCUCUAGACACACCCAAGCAGAGCACUCGAGCACUGGGACAAAAACAAGCAAACAGCAGGCCUCUCAGGCACACUACUAAGAAAGCAAGGGUAAAAGAACCAGCUCGGACCCAAAGAAAAAGGUCGCAAAACUGCUGAUGUAGCAAUUUCAAAGUGUGAACAGGAAGAAGCUCUGGUCUAAAGAUUCACAGUUACAGACUUUACAGGAAGAUGACCAGCAGUUACACUAAAUACAUAAAUUAUUACUACAUUUACAGUCUGUAAAAUGUAUAGUUGUGAAGCUAUUUACUGUAGAUAAUUUUAACAUUAUGCACUGAUUUUAAAAAAGGGUGGCGCAGAUUCUAUUUUGCUCUUUAACAGACAAACUUAAAAAAAAAAAAAACGUUACACUUAACUGUUUAUAAAAGGCAGCUGGGUGGUGGUAUUUUUAAAUAAAGAAGCUUGUCAAAGUUGUAGAAUUUGAAUAAAAGUAUUUGCAUAAAGUUAUUUGUGCUUGCUUGAUGUCGAGGAGCGUUUUGUGAACUGUUAAAAAAAGAUUAUAACUAUAAUAAAACUAUGUUAUUAGCAAAAUAAUGUCAAAGGAUGUCUGAGAUAUAAAGGAAACAACACAUGUGUUGAGAAUUCUUCAAAUUUAACAAUAGUUUC